GAUUGCCUUCUCCUUCCAUCUUUAUUUCUCUCCCUUUCUCAAUGGAUUCCUCUUCUCUCUCCUCGGUCAUCGUCAUCGGCGCUGGCGUCUCCGGUCGGUAACAUAAAGCAAUCUAACCAAACAGUAUAUCAGCGGCGAAGGUUUUGGCUGAGAACGGAAUUGAGGAUUUGGUGAUAUUGGAAGCGUCCGAUAGAAUCGGCGGUCGGAUUUGUAAAGAAAUGUUCGGAGGCGUGUCGGUGGAGCUUGGAGCGGGUUGGAUCGUCGGUGUAGGUGGCAAAGAGUCGAAUCCGGUUUGGGAGCUAGCCGCACAACUGGGCCUCCGAACCUGCUUCUCUGACUACAGCAAUGCCCGCUAUAACAUAUAUGAUCGGAGCGGGAAGAUAUUUCCGAGUGGAAUCGCCGCUGACUCGUACAAGAAAGCGGUGGACUCAGCGAUUCAGAAACUAAGGGACCAAGAGGCAAACGGUUUCGACGAUAAUUCCAAUAGAACCGAGUUACCUUUAACACCCAAGACACCAAUAGAGCUUGCAAUCGACUUCAUAUUACACGAUUUUGAGAUGGCAGAGGUGGAGCCAAUAUCAACAUUUGUUGAUUUUGGGGAAAGAGAGUUCUUGGUGGCAGAUGAAAGAGGUUAUGAGUAUUUACUGUAUAAAAUGGUUGAGGAUUUUCUAUUUACCUCGGAGGGUAAAAUCCUGGACAAUCGACUCAAACUCAAUAAGGUUGUCAGGGAAUUGCAGCACUCGAGAAAUGGUGUCACGGUGAGAACAGAGGAUGGUUGCGUUUACGAAGCCAACUACGUAAUUUUGUCUGCUAGCAUUGGUGUUCUCCAAAGCGACCUCAUUUCCUUCAGGCCACCCUUGCCCAGGUGGAAAACGAAAGCCAUAGAAAAAUGUGAUGUGAUGGUGUAUACCAAGAUCUUCCUCAAGUUUCCGUAUAAGUUCUGGCCUUGUGGGCCUGAGAAAGAGUUCUUCAUCUAUGCUCACGAGCGGAGAGGCUAUUACACGUUUUGGCAGCACAUGGAGAAUACAUACCCUGGUUCGAAUAUUUUGGUUGUAACAUUGACGAAUGGUGAAUCAAAACGUGUGGAAACUCAAUCCAAUGAAGAGACAUUGAAGGAAGCUAUGUGUGUGCUUAGAGACAUGUUUGGACCCGACAUACCUAAUGCCACUGGUAUACUUGUUCCUCGCUGGUGGAAUAACAGAUUCCAGCGUGGCAGCUACAGCAACUACCCCAUAAUCUCUAAUAACCAAGUCCUUAAUGAUAUUAAGGCCCCAGUUGGACGCAUUUUCUUUACGGGUGAACACACAAGUGAAAGAUUUAAUGGCUAUGUGCAUGGUGGAUACCUCGCUGGUAUUGACACAACUAAAGCUUUACUGGAAGAAAUAAGAAAGGAUGAAAGAAAAAAUGAUAGCCAAAACCAAAAUUUCUUGCUAGAGCCCUUGCUGGCAUUGACAGGGUCAUUAAAUUUGACGCAGACUGAUGCAGUGUCAGGUCUCCACAAAUGUGAUGUUCCUACACAAUUAUAUCUAAGCAGCAAGCUUGGCAUUCCAGAAGCAAUCUUAUGACUAUAUGGACCUGACCUUGAUGACAUUGAUGAUCAUGAUGAUGAUGAAAAUAUGAAGAAUGAGAGGGAUGGAAAAAUGGGUUUGGAUCCAACUGUAGAUCGACCCCUUAACAUCAUCCACAAGGUAUAGAAUGAAUGAAAGAAAGAGGAAAGGGAGAAGAUGUCUAAAGUGGGUGGUUAUGUCUUCAGAGCGCAGCUGCUAGCCAUUGCUUUGGGAUUUUGGCAAAGGAACCAGGUUUACUCUGGGCAAUCCUUCCAUGUAUCAGUUGUUCAAUUGAUUUGGAUGAUCAAAUGGUAGAGAAUAUGAGUGUAAAUAAUUUAUCAAUACUCAUAAAUUAUUUGAAUUUGAUUUGAUUAAAAUUCAAAUUUGAUUUGAUCAUUAUCGAAUUUAGUUCGAAUUUAAACAAUUUGACUUAUAAAAAAAA